AUGAGCGGGUUCCUAGCUCGGAACUUGGCCUCCAUGUUGGAACUGGAUCGACGCGCCACUGAGGUGGGUUUCGUCAUCAACGAGGCGAUCGCCACCGCAGACACAGCCCCACUGAACAACUCCGGCAGACAGGCGGUGGAAAUGCUUUGCCAAGAACAACAGAGGUAUCUCAAUGAAAAGAUUGCAAUUGGAGAAGCCUCUCUGGCUCUCGUGCGGAACGGAAAAUCGGUUGCCCAGAAACUGAUUGAAGGCUGUCGAGCCAUCACGACCACCAGCGCCGCCAACGACGCUAACGACGACUCCACCACCACCGUCCGACACUCGCUUCGUCGAUCCACAUCCAGCACCAAGCAGUCCUAG